AUGCGAGCUCUGACUGUCUUCUCUCUCAUCAUCAUCAACAAGGCCGGCGGUCUGAUAUAUAACAAGACAUUCCACGACGGCGGCCUCAACAAAAUCAGCACAAAUGACUAUCUUGUGCUAGCCGGAACUUUUCACGGUGUUCAUGCCAUCACCGCGCGUUUGAAUCCGGUCAAGCCAGUCGCACAGCCCCCUGCUCCUGGCACCAAUGAUCCGCCUGGCCGACCAGAGCCAUCGUCUGGACUAGAGGUCUUGGAGACAGAGAACUUUCGAAUGCAGUGCUUUAAUACUCUAACGGGCACCAAGUUCCUGCUCUUCACUGAGACCACCCAGACAAAUGUGGACGUGACCAUUAAGAAGAUAUACGACUUGUACGCCGAUUACGUCAUGAAAAAUCCCUUUUACUCUCUAGAGAUGCCUGUACGAUGCGACAUCUUUGACCGAAAGCUACUGUCGUACAUUAGAGAGAUUAACAACCGGUGA